AUGAGGUCCUCGAAGUCUCCUUUCAAAAGGAAGUCUCAUAGUCGUGAGACAUCACACGAUGAAAACACAUCGUUUUUCCACAAGAGAACAAUAUCAGGUAGCAGUGCACACCAUUCUAGAAAUGUCAGUCAGGGUGCAGUGCCCUCUACUGCACCACCCGUUUCUGGUGGAAAUUAUUCACAUAAGAGAAACGUGUCAAGAGCUUCCAAUUCCUCUCAAAGUUCGAAUUUCUUGGCCGAACAAUAUGAAAGGGAUAGAAAAUCUAUAAUUAAUUGCUGCUUUUCCAGACCUGACCACAAGACGGGCGAACCGCCAAAUAAUUAUAUUACACAUGUCCGGAUUAUCGAAGAUUCGAAAUUCCCAAGCUCAAAACCUCCUCCAGAUUCAAAAUUGGAAAACAAAAAGAAAAGACUCCUUAUUUUGAGUGCCAAACCCAAUAAUGCUAGGCUCAUACAAAUUCAUAAAGCAAGAGAAAAUUCGGACGGCUCUUUCCAGAUCGGUAGAACUUGGCAGUUGAGCGAACUAGUCAGAGUAGAGAAGGACCUGGAUAUAUCCGAAGGGUUCAUUCUUACUAUGGGUAAAAAGUAUUAUUGGGAAACAAAUUCUGCAAAGGAAAGAACCGUUUUUAUCAAAUCUCUAAUCACUCUAUACAUUCAAACAUUUGAAGGCCAUGUUCCUGAAUUGGUCAAUUGGGAUUUAUCCCUUUUUUAUCUUGAUGAGAGAAGUUAUCAGAGGGCCGUCAUCACAAAUCGCCCCGGUUCCAUAUCUCCAAUAAAAUCACCCACAAGUAAUUUCACGACAAAUACUGCCCAAUCUAUGGGUUCUCUCCCUUCUUCAGCACCUGUUGAUAGGGCCAGGAGAUCUGAAACAGAAAGCGAUAAUCCAGUGGCCACGCCCACAAGCGUCGCAUAUCAUCCCGGGAUGAAAUCUCUAAAUAAGGCCCCCUAUUCUUCCAACUCGACAUUGAAUGAAGUGAAUAGAAGGUACGAGCUAGAGCAGCAACAGCAACAGGAAGAGGCUGAACAGAGACGAUUAGAAGAACAAAGAAAGUUGCAGUUGAAAAAGGAAAACGAGAUGAAGAAAAUAGAAGAGGAAAGAAGGAUAAAGCAGGAAGAGCAGAGAAGGCAAAUGGAAUUGGAAUUGGAGCAUCAACGGCAAUUUGAAGAAGAAGAACGGAAAAGGCAAAUGGAAUUGGAGAAUAGAAGGGAAAUGGAAUUGAAACGUCAACGGCAAUUCGAAGAAGAGCAACGCUUGAACAAAGAGAGAGAACUUUUGGACCUACAAAGAAGACAAAGUGAGCAAGAAGCCGCUGAGAGAUUAAGAAAAGAAGAGCAAGAGGCGCUUGCUAAAAAAGAGCGGGAAGAAAGAAGUAAGAGAAACAAAUUAGACAAUGAAAGUUAUACUCAAGAAAUAAACGGUAAAGUUGAUAACCUUUUAGAAGACUUAAAUGCAGUUUUAGCAGAAGAAACAGAAACCACUCCUACUAUGCAAAACGGUACCUAUGUACCCGAGAGGAGUACUGCUAGAGCUCAUGACCAAUUGAAAAAACCGCUGAAUAUUGCUAAAGUCGAGUCACUCGGUGGAAGCGAAUUGAAUGACUCAAUCAGUUUAGAUGAGGAGAUAGCGGGUUUGAAUACAUCUAACUUAUCAGAAGAGUACCAGGAUGAGAAAAACGAUCUUUCGUUCGAGAAGGGUGAUGAGGUUAGGUACAGCAAUAAUUUUGAGGGUGAAGCUCCUCACGUGUACCACGAAGUAUCGAUUAUUCAAGAAGAAGCACCUGCAGUCUCACAGAAAUUAGCCCUUCCAGAAGAGAACAAUCAAAUGGAAGUAAUAGCUGACUCCAAAGAAGAGACCAGAACGAUGGAAAAUAUUGACGAUGAGGUUUUAUUAGAAAUAUUGACAGACAUCAAUUGGACCAUUGAAGACGAUGCAGAUAGCAUGAUUGAAAGGAUUGAUAUGAAAUUAGCCGAAACAGAAUAUUCAUUCAACCAAAAUUUAUUAUCCCUGCAAAAAAUUGGUCCCAAUCUUCAUCCUUAUGAAGACAAAGUCAAUGAGGAAUGCCACCGCAUAAUCCCGACCUUUUCUUUAUUCUUAAUGGAAAUGAGUAAUUUUUCUAAUGACAUUGAAAACGUAGAGAGCCAGGAUAACGGACUACAAGUUGAAAGUGCUAACAAGAAACUCUUGUGGAACACGCUUGAUGAACUUUUAAAAACCGUCUCUCUUGAUGAAAUUUCCUUAAAUCAGUUAUUAGAAUGCCCAAUAAGAGAGAAAAACUUGCCAUGGAUGGAAAAUCAAUUGAAUUUAUUAUUAAAAGCAUUUCAAGCAAUCGGCAGUGAUGAAAACGAAGUAGAAUACAAUUUAAGAGAAAUUUCUGGGUUAAAGCAGAGGCUACAAUUCUAUGAAAAAGUUACCAAGAUAUUUCUAGACAGAAUUGUGGAAGAAAUGCAGAAAAAAUUCUCCAAUAUACAUGGCCAAGAUAUCUCACACGAUCAAAUGAUUAGAAUUUUAACGACUUUACUGAUAUUCUCUCCGUUAAUACUGUUCUGUAAAGAAAUUUCACAAAAAUCGUAUCAGGCCAUUGUGGAAAAUUGGAACGUCAGUAUUCAGCCAAUAUAUAUGGAAUUAUGGACGAAGAAAAUAUCGCAGUUAGAGAACAUUAGCGCAAAUGAUGAAAAAAUGAGUGAAUUGAGUUUAAGCCAGUUAUUGCAGGCAUGGAACACAUUUAGAAAGGAGAGAAAAAUUAAUGAUUUCAACCCCAUUUUUAAGGAAAAAUUUUCUCUCCUUACUGAAUGCCUCCAAACCAUGAGACAGGAAUGUAUCGUUUAUCAAAAUUUCGUGGAAGUGUUCUUUCAUAUAUCUUCAAAGCAUAACUUCGAAAAAUAUGUUGAACAUUUUAAUGAUCCAGAAACUCCUCCAUUAUUAUUGGAUACUGUGAAAGUGAUGCAAUCUGACAGAGAAGCAGCCGUUAUCGAGACUCAACUGGUCUCAAGAAUAUUCCAACCUAUUGUCACUAGACUAUCCUCAUAUUUUAUCGAGUUAGUGAAAACUGAGCCGACAGUAGCCCCCGCCUUAACUUUUUACUUGGAAAAUGAAAUCAAAAGCUUAGAAUCAUCUAACCACGAAUUUUUAUUAUCUGCGGUGACCAGAGUGUACACACAAAUAAAACAAGUGUGGUCAGAUGACGUAGAAGAGCAAGUUUUGUACUUCGAAAGGAUUUCUAACGCAACCACUAAUGGAGAAAUUCUCCCAGGUGUACUUGAUUUACCAGUGGACUUGAAAAAUUCAGAAGAUUUGUUCAGAUUUGCUAAGAGCACUAUGGAUAUUAAGGAUACCAAUAAAAGCUACGAGUCCAUUGAGUUGAUGAGUUCUAGCUUCAGAAAGCUAAGCAUGGCUGCCACACAAUCAAUAGCUCACAAAGAAGGUAAUUCAAACAUCAACCCAAGUAUGUCAGAUACCGCUGCUUUAAAUAAUGACUAUAUGGAAACAAUUUCUCUCUUGGUGAACAGUAACUGGUUAACAGAAAUGCUCUCCAUGUUAAACUUCAAUAAGGAUGGUAUAUUCGAUAUACCAUUGCAAAACGUAAAGAGAGUUUUUGAUGUUGAGAAAGAAUCUUACGCUUCAUUUUUGCUGCGCGAUACUAUGCCUAAAUUAACAGCUUUUGUUUAUGGCGUGAGCAAUAUCAUUGAGAAUACCAACAAUGUGAACAUGACCAAUCCCUCAAGAUGGGCCGCAUAUAGCAGGCAGAAUCUAGAGAACAUUCUUUUAGCAUACACUUCCCAUGAAAUUGAAACCCUAGUGAAAAGGCUGCACACUCACAUGGUAAAUGAUUUUGGUUAUCACCAAGAAAACGCCAUAAACAACGUUUUAUGUGACAAGUUGUGGUCGUGCAUUCAAGGUCAAACCGUCUCAUUAUACUUGAAAUUAUACACCGUCAUUGAUAAGCACUAUAGGGGAACAAAUAUCCACUUCACGAAGAACGAUAUCAUUAGUGCGUUCGAGGAAUACAAGAAUGCCUAA